UUUGUGACGUCAUCGCCACGGGGCGGAGGCGACGGUGUCUGAAGAGACUCGGCGCGUGCUGCCAACGCUGGCCUCCCGGCUUGGAAGCUGCUAGAAGACCAGACGCUGUCCGCUUUCCCUUGGUGGUCCACCCACACCUAGUCCCGUCUGGAGAUGGCAGACGAUCUUGGAGACGAGUGGUGGGAGAACCAGCCUGCAGGAGCAGCCAGCAGCCCAGAACUUACAGAGAAAGGACAUGUUUGGGAACCAAGAAGAAUUGUGCCAUGCUGUAUGUACCACACAGUAGGAGGAGUCCCAGGAGAUAAGUGGCAAACAAUGAAGGCAUCAGAUGGUGAAGGAAGAGGAGACACAGAAAUGAUGCAGCAGGAGACAGCUCCAGUUCCUGCCCUGUCAAAGAAAACCAAACAGCCUAAAGAAUGUUUCUUAGUACAACCAAAGGAAACAAAAGAAGAUGCCACCAAGACAAGGAAGAGAAGAAAGAAGAAGAUUACUGAUGUUCUUGCAAAAUCAGAGCCAAAACCAGGGACUCCUGAAGACCUACAGAAGCUGAUGAAGGACUAUUACAGCAGCAAUCGCUCAGUGAUUGAGUUAGAGGAACUAAACCUACCAGACUCCUGUUUCCUCAAGGCCAAUGAUUUGACUCAUAGUCUUUCAUCAUACCUGAAAGAAAUCUGCCCUAAGUGGGUAAAACUUCGGAAAAAUCAUAAUGAGAAGAAAUCAGUCCUGAUGCUGAUCAUCUGCAGCUCUGCCCUCCGGGCCCUGGAGCUUAUUAGGUCGAUGACAGCAUUCAGAGGAGACAGCAAAGUUAUGAAAUUAUUUGCAAAACACAUAAAGGUCCAGGAGCAGGUAAAGUUGCUGGAGAAGCGUGUUGUGCACCUGGGUGUAGGAACUCCAGGAAGGAUUAAAGAACUCAUUAAACAAGGUGGCCUUAAUUUGAACCCCUUAAAAUUUCUGGUUUUUGACUGGAACUGGAGAGAUCAGAAGUUGAGGAGGAUGAUGGACAUUCCCGAGAUAAGAAAGGAGGUUUUUGAACUUCUGGAAAUGGGAGUCCUCAGUCUGUGCAAGUCAGAAUCUUUGAAGCUGGGCCUUUUCUAAGUCUGGGUCCUAUGAAAAUUCCAGUUUUUAUGGGAUUUGCAUCUCGUUUAAUAGCUCUGGAAUAUUGCAAGCACUCAGUAAAUAUCAGCUAUUGUUUUAUUAUGUUAACUGCAUCACCAGAUGAAUCACUAGAAAUUUUUGAUGGAGAUUCUUUGACAAAACUGAAGCUGUCCUUUGCCAACCUCUCUGUAUAAUAAAGUAUCACCAGCUUGUGUGUGA